UACGCAGCUGCGGUGCGCUUAUCAGCCACAGUAAGAGGGCCCCCACAGCCAGAAGAGGGCACACCCAAGGCCAGAAGAGGGCCCCCUCCACAGCCAGAAGAGGGUCCUCCACAGCCAGAAGAGGCCCCACCCAAGGCCAGAAGAGGGGCCCCUCCACAGCCAGAAGAGGCCCCACCCAAGGCCAGAAGAGGGGCCCCACCCAAGGCCAGAAGAGGGCCCCCUCCACAGCCAGAAGAGGCCCCACCCAAGGCCAGAAGAGGGCCCCCUCCACAGCCAGAAGAGGCCCCACCCAAGGCCAGAAGAGGACCCUCCACAGCCAGAAGAGGGCCCCCCACUACAGCCAGAAGAGGGCACACCCAAGGCCAGAAGAGGGCCCUCCACAGCCAGAAGAGGCCCCACCCAAGGCCAGAAGAGGGCCCCCCUCCACAGCCAGAAGAGGCCCCACCCAAGGCCAGAAGAGGGCCCCACCCAAGGCCAAAAGAGGGCCCUCCACAGCCAGAAGAGGGCCCCCACAGCCAGAAGAGGACCCACCCAAGGCCAGAAGAGGGUCCCCUCCACAGCCAGAAGAGGCCCCACCCAAGGCCAGAAGAGGGCCCCCCUCCACAGCCAGAAGAGGGCCCCCCUCCACAGCCAGAAGAGGGCCCCCCUCCACAGCCAGAAGAGGCCCCACCCAAGGCCAGAAGAGGGCCCUCCACAGCCAGAAGAGGGCCCCCACAGCCAGAAGAGGCCCCACCCAAGGCCAGAAGAGGGUCCCCUCCACAGCCAGAAGAGAGCCCCCUCCACAGCCAGAAGAGGGCCCCCUCCACAGCCAGAAGAGGGUCCCUUCCACAGCCAGAAGAGGGGCUCCCCUCCACAGCCAGAAGAGGCCCCUUCCACAGCCAGAAGAGGCCCCUUCCACAGCCAGAAGAGGGCCCCUUCCACAGCCAGAAGAGGGCCCCUUCCACAGCCAGAAGAGGGCCCCCUCCACAGCCAGAAGAGACCCCACCCAAGGCCAGAAGAGGGGCCCCCUCCACAGCCAGAAGAGGGCGCCCUCCACAGCCAGAAGAGGGCCCCUCCACAGCCAGAAGAGGGACCCCUCCACAGCCAGAAGAGGGCCCCCCCUCCACAGCCAGAAGAGGCCCGACCCAAGGCCAGAAGAGGGUCCCCUCCACAGCCAGAAGAGAGCCCCCUCCACAGCCAGAAGAGGGCCCCCUCCACAGCCAGAAGAGGGUCCCUUCCACAGCCAGAAGAGGGGCUCCCCUCCAGAGCCAGAAGAGGCCCCUUCCACAGCCAGAAGAGGGGCUCCCCUCCAGAGCCAGAAGAGGCCCCUUCCACAGCCAGAAGAGGGCUCCUUCCACAGCCAGAAGAGGGCCCCUUCCACAGCCAGAAGAGGGCCCCCUCCACAGCCAGAAGAGACCCCACCCAAGGCCAGAAGAGGGCCCCUCCACAGCCAGAAGAGGGCGCCCUCCACAGCCAGAAGAGGGCCCCCUCCACAGCCAGAAGAGGGCCCCCUCCACAGCCAGAAGAGGGACCCCUCCACAGCCAGAAGAGGGCCCCCCUCCACAGCCAGAAGAGGGCCCCCCUCCACAGCCAGAAGAGGGCCCCCCUCCACAGCCAGAAGAGGGCCCCCCUCCACAGCCAGAAGAGGGCCCCCCUCCACAGCCAGAAGAGGGCCCCACCCAAGGCCAGAAGAGGGCCCUCUACAGCCAGAAGAGGGCCCUCCACAGCCAGAAGAGGGCCCCCUCCACAGCCAGAAGAGGGCCCCCUCCACAGCCAGAAAAGGGCCCCCUCCACAGCCAGAAGAGGGCCCCCUCCACAACCAGAAGAGGGCCCCCUCCACAGCCAGAAGAGGCCCCACCCAAGGCCAGAAGAGGGCCCUCCACAGCCAGAAGAGGGCCCCCACAGCCAGAAGAGGGUCCCCUCCACAGCCAGAAGAGAGCCCCCUCCACAGCCAGAAGAGGGCCCCCUCCACAGCCAGAAGAGGGUCCCUUCCACAGCCAGAAGAGGGGCUCCCCUCCACAGCCAGAAGAGGCCCCUUCCACAGCCAGAAGAGGCCCCUUCCACAGCCAGAAGAGGGCCCCUUCCACAGCCAGAAGAGGGCCCCUUCCACAGCCAGAAGAGGGCCCCCUCCACAGCCAGAAGAGACCCCACCCAAGGCCAGAAGAGGGCCCCCUCCACAGCCAGAAGAGGGCGCCCUCCACAGCCAGAAGAGGGCCCCCUCCACAGCCAGAAGAGGGACCCCUCCACAGCCAGAAGAGGGCCCCCCUCCACAGCCAGAAGAGGGCCCUCCUCCACAGCCAGAAGAGGCCCCACCCAAGGCCAGAAGAGGGCCCUCCACAGCCAGAAGAGGGCCCUCCACAGCCAGAAGAGGGCCCCCACAGCCAGAAGAGGCCCCACCCAAGGCCAGAAGAGGGUCCCCUCCACAGCCAGAAGAGAGCCCCCUCCACAGCCAGAAGAGGGCCCCCUCCACAGCCAGAAGAGGGUCCCUUCCACAGCCAGAUGAGGGGCUCCCCUCCAGAGCCAGAAGAGGCCCCUUCCACAGCCAGAAGAGGGCCCCUUCCACAGCCAGAAGAGGGCCCCUUCCACAGCCAGAAGAGGGCCCCCUCCACAGCCAGAAGAGACCCCACCCAAGGCCAGAAGAGGGCCCCCUCCACAGCCAGAAGUGGGCCCCCUCCACAGCCAGAAGAGGGCCCCCUCCACAGCCAGAAGAGGGCCCCCCUCCACAGCCAGAAGAGGGCCCCCCUCCACAGCCAGAAGAGGGCCCCCCUCCACAGCCAGAAGAGGGCCCCACCCAAGGCCAGAAGAGGGCCCUCUACAGCCAGAAGAGGGACCUCCACAGCCAGAAGAGGGCCCCCUCCACAGCCAGAAGAGGGCCCCCUCCACAGCCAGAAAAGGGCCCCUCCACAGCCAGAAAAGGGCCCCUCCACAGCCAGAAGAGGGCCCCCUCCACAGCCAGAAGAGGCCCCACCCAAGGCCAGAAGAGGGCCCCCCUCCACAGCCAGAAGAGGGCCCACCCAAGGCCAGAAGAGGGUCCCCUCCACAGCCAGAAGAGAGCCCCCUCCACAGCCAGAAGAGGGCCCCCUCCACAGCCAGAAGAGG